AUGAAACAGUCUCUCUUGUAAGAAUAACAAUCAACAGCACGCGCUGUCUAUCCUGGAUAAUAUUAGGAGCAAGACUUACCCGACAAUUAAUGAAAAGCAAUACAGUAUGGCUUCAGCGUCCAGCACAAGCGCGCGUAGCUUGUUCAUCGAGUCGAAGAUGAGAUUGGCGGACAGGGUGCAAGUUAACGUCAAUAACAUUGCCUCGCUCGCCAGGCAGAUACAACGGGGUUCCAGAAGUAGCGAGAUCUUAACGCAUGCGGCGAGGAACUUUGCGCAACAGGAGCACGGACUGGAAACAAUAGAAUCCAGUUUGAAGAAGCUCGCGCUCAUCGCCACUCAUUUGGAGUAUCAAAUGGACGCGAUCGACAAAAGUUCGGCGAUGCUGGAGCAAGUUACCGAACAAGUACGAUCUAUGCAACGAUAACGCAGUAUUAAUACAUACGUAUUUAUCUUGCGUGUGUACAAGAGCUCUCUACAAUGAAUAUCUGCAGAUGUGUUUGUAAACUACGUAUGUGGUAUGAAUGUUGUAUUUCGCAGGAUUGGCUGCGUUCAGCAGAAAAAGCUGCUUCGCAACUGUUGCAAAAUUCUUGAAUCUGAUUGGCGUAUUCUCUUAAAGCUUGAGUGAAUUUAAGAGCAUACGCCAAUCAGAUGCAU